GCGGCAAAACCAAAACUCACUCCAAAAAAAAUAAAAAAAAAUGAAUGCAUUACAAAUUUACAUUAUACCAAGCUUUGGUAUCUCAAAAGCUUACAUUAAAAGUAAGGAAUUCUUGCAGUAACACUUAAACUGUUGACAACUCAAACUAUAUUCCAUGUUUAAAUGUUUUGUAGUAAUUUUUUUUAAGUACUUGUAUAUUUAAUUUUUGAGCUUUUUAUUUUGUUGGUUAGUGAUUAAAUGAAGGAGUUUUGAUGUUGAUGUUGAUGUUUUGAUCUUGUGAUUGAAGUUUUGUGUAUUGGGUAGCUAAAAAGUUUGAAUUUUUAGCAUGGUUGAUAGCAUUUAAGUCUUUGUUUGGUUAUCAAAGUGUCAACUUUACAGUUUGGUUUAGUUUAAGUAAAGAAUUAAGCCAUUGUUUUUGGAUUUUUUUUUUAUAUUUUUUGCUUUUGGGAUUCAUUAUAAUUGCAAUUUAAGAUAAAGGGCAUAUUGUGUUUUUUUUGUUCAUAUAGUUGGCCAAGUGUUGUGAUUGUUUUAGUGCAAGAGAUAAGAUGAUGGGAUUGGAAACUUUAAUUGGUCUUUAAUUUUUACUAGCAUAAUUGAAGAUAUAUGUUUGAUUGUAUCCCACAAAAAUGACUAGGAGAGGCUUACAUUUUAGCAAGCUCUAUUCGUUUUCGUGUUGUAAAUCUUCAUUUAGAGAGGAUCAUGGUCAAAUUGGGCAAAAAGGUUACUCUAGGGUGGUGUAUUGCAAUGAUCCUGAUAAUCCAGAGGCUAUUCAGCUCGAUUAUAGGGGGAAUUAUGUAUCUACUACCAAGUAUACGGCCGUUAAUUUUCUACCCAAGUCUUUGUUUGAGCAGUUUAGACGAGUUGCAAAUCUUUAUUUUUUAGUUGUAGCUUGUGUUUCGUUUAGUCCAUUAGCUCCGUAUACAGCGUCCAGCAUUCUCGCGCCUUUGAUAGUAGUCGUUGGAGCUACUAUGGCUAAAGAAGGUGUGGAAGAUUGGAGGCGAAGAAAGCAGGAUAUAGAAGCCAACAAUAGAAAGACCAUAGUGUAUGGAAAAAAUCACACUUUUAAUAAGACCAGAUGGAAGAAUCUCCGAGUUGGUGACCUCGUUAAGGUUUCCAAGGAUGCUUAUUUUCCAGCUGAUUUGCUUUUGCUUUCAUCAAGCUAUGAAGACGGUAUCUGCUAUGUGGAAACCAUGAAUCUCGAUGGAGAGACUAAUUUAAAACUGAAGCAUGCGUUGGAGGUGACGUCCAAUCUACGUGAUGAAGAAUCCUUCAAGAAUUUUCAAGCUGUGGUCAAGUGUGAGGACCCAAAUGAAAAUCUUUAUUCCUUUGUUGGAACUUUGCAUUAUGAUGGAAACCAGUACCCACUUUCAUUGCAGCAAAUUCUUUUGAGAGAUUCCAAGCUCAAGAACACUGAUUAUAUAUACGGUGUUGUUAUUUUCACUGGGCAUGACACAAAAGUGAUGCAAAAUGCUGUGGAUCCCCCUUCUAAGAGAAGUAAGAUUGAGAGAAAAAUGGACAAGAUAAUCUAUAUCCUCUUCAGUACUUUGAUUUUGAUAUCAUUUGUUGGCUCUCUAUUUUUUGGAAUUGAAACUAAAAAAGAUCUAAGUGGUGGAGAGUUCCGAAGGUGGUAUCUUCGACCGGAUGCAACAACUGUGUUUUAUGACCCUCAAAGAGCGUCUCUUGCUGCAUUUUUCCAUUUCUUGACAGGACUCAUGCUUUAUGGGUAUUUGAUCCCGAUAUCCCUCUAUGUGUCCAUCGAAAUUGUAAAGGUGCUCCAAAGCAUAUUCAUUAACCAAGAUCAGCACAUGUACUAUGAGGAAACUGAUAGGCCUGCGCAUGCACGCACAUCUAAUUUGAAUGAGGAACUUGGACAGGUUGAUACUGUACUAUCUGACAAAACUGGUACUUUGACCUGUAAUUCAAUGGAGUUUGUGAAAUGUUCAAUAGCAGGGAGUGCUUAUGGCCGUGGUAUGACAGAAGUAGAAAGGGCUUUAGCAAAGAGAAGAGGCGACAGACCCCUAGAAACUGAUGAUGCUGCAACUGAUCAACCUGAUAAUAAUGGGAAUACAGGUUACCCAGGAAAAUCAAUCAAGGGCUUCAAUUUCAGAGAUGAACGUAUAAUGAAUGGUCAAUGGACUAACGAGCCUCAUUCAGAUGUCAUACAGAAGUUCUUUCAGGUUUUAGCCAUUUGCCAUACUGCAGUCCCUGAAAAAGAUGAAGAAUCUGGUGAAGUUUUUUAUGAAGCUGAGUCACCAGAUGAAGCAGCCUUCGUCAUAGCUGCACGGGAAGUUGGUUUCGAGCUGUGUGAAAGGACGCAAUCAAGUAUCUCAUUGCAUGAAUUAGACCCUGCGACUGGUAAAAAUGUCAAAAGAACAUACAAGCUUCUCCAAGUUCUAGAAUUCAGUAGUUCUCGCAAAAGAAUGUCUGUGGUUGUGAAAAAUGACGAGAACAAGCUGUUACUCCUUUCCAAAGGAGCAGACAGUGUGAUGUUUGAAAGGCUUUCAAGAGAUGGACGGUUAUUUGAGGCAAAAACCAAGGAGCAUAUCAAAAGAUAUGCUGAGGCUGGUUUGCGGACCUUGGUAAUUGCAUGUCGUGAACUUCAUAAAGAUGAGUAUGGAAUAUGGGAAAAAGGAUUUUCAAAGGCCAAAGCAACAGUAACUGAAGACCGAGAUGUAUUGAUAGAUGAAAUGGCUGACAAACUUGAAAGGGAUUUAAUUCUUCUUGGUUCUACAGCUGUUGAGGACAAACUGCAAAAGGGUGUUCCCGAGUGUAUUGAGACAUUUGCAAAGGCUGGUGUUAAAAUAUGGGUCUUAACAGGUGACAAGAUGGAAACAGCAGUGAAUAUUGGGUAUGCUUGUAGUCUGCUGAGACAGGACAUGAAGCAGAUUAUUAUCACUCUGGAUUCUCCAGAUAUCGAAGCUUUGGAAAAACAAGGGGAUAAGGAGGCCAUUCAUAAGGCUUCUCAUGAAAGCGUGAGGGAGCAAAUAAGCGGUGGAAAAUCUCAACUUAGUAAAGAAAGCUCUACUGCGUUUGGUUUAGUGAUUGAUGGAAAGGCCUUGGCUAUUGCAUUAGACAACAGUCUAGAAAAGAAAUUUUUGGAGCUUGCACUUGGUUGUGCUUCUGUAAUAUGCUGUCGGUCUACUCCAAAACAUAAAGCCCUUGUCACAAGAUUGGUAAAAAUGGAAACAGGUAAAACAACACUGGCAAUCGGUGACGGAGCAAAUGAUGUUGGCAUGCUUCAGGAGGCUGAUAUUGGAGUUGGGAUCAGUGGUGCUGAAGGAAUGCAGGCUGUGAUGGCAAGUGAUUUUGCAAUAGCGCAAUUCUGCUUUCUGGAACGUCUAUUGCUGGUGCAUGGCCACUGGUGUUACAGGCGAAUAGCGAUGAUGAUAUGCUAUUUCUUCUACAAAAAUCUAGCAUUUGGAUUUACUUUAUUUUGGUACGAGGCCUACACUUCUUUCUCUGGCCAGCCUGCUUAUAAUGAUUGGUACAUGUCAUUCUACAAUGUCUUCUUCACUUCACUUCCUGUAAUUGCUCUCGGGGUUUUUGAUCAGGAUGUCUCUGCAAGGCUUUGCCUAAAGUAUCCAUUAUUAUAUCAAGAGGGAGUGCAGAACAUCCUCUUCAGCUGGCCGCGGAUUUUCGGUUGGAUGUUUAAUGGGGUCCUUACAUCUGUAAUUAUCUUCUUCUUCACCACCAGAUCCAUAAAUUAUCAAGCUUUUCGAAGAGACGGUCAAGUGGUUGACUUUGAGAUUCUCGGGGCUACAAUGUAUACAUGCGUAGCAUGGUCCGUAAAUUGCCAAAUGGCACUUUCGAUCAACUACUUCACUUGGAUGCAGCAUUUUUUCAUUUGGGGAAGCAUAGCUUUUUGGUAUAUAUUUCUGGUAAUAUAUGGUUUCCUUUCACCUAUAGUGUCUACAACAGCAUUUAGAGUGUUUCUGGAAGCUUGUGCUCCAAGCCCUCUUUAUUGGAUUGUCACUCUCCUAGUUGUUAUUACUACUCUGGUGCCUUACUUUUCCUACAGAGCAUUUCAGUCUCGUUUUCGACCAAUGAUCCAUGACAUAAUACAAAUCCGGCGAUCAGAAGGCUCGGAACCUGAGACUUGCAGCGAGUUACCGACCGGGGUUAGGAUGAAAAUGCAUCGCCUGCAGGAAAAGUUAAGUCAGAGAAGCUUAUAGGAAGAAGAUAGCUUUCCUUGUAUAUUUAUGUUGGAUAUGUAGAACUUAGAUCUUGGAUGUAUAUAAAUGUGUGUAGAGCAAGACUUAUCAUCACUACUGCAGGAGAUUUAAUGUACAAAAAAACAAAAAGGCAUCACCUGUGUUAUACAUGAGGUAUGUUGCACGGAAAUUUCUCUAUCGACUUCUCGUUUUGGUAUUUA